GGAAGAACAAGGAUUUGCACUAAUCCUGGCUUCACGCAUCCGGAACUGAAACCCAAACAUCAGGACUCAAGCACGUUCAUUUUUUAAUUCAGAUUGUGAUUCACUUUCGGUGUGGACGGAAUGGAGGUGCGCUUUACGCGAGGAAAAUCUGCGAUUCUCGAGCGCUCGCUCACGCGUCCCAAAACUGAGGUGAGCGUGAGUGCGUUCGCGCUGCUCUUCUCUGAGAUGGUGCAGUACUGCCAGAGCCGUGUGUACUCGGUGUCGGAGCUCCAGGCCCGGCUGGCAGACAUGGGCCAAGGUGUUGGAGCCAGUCUUCUGGAUGUUCUUGUGAUGAGAGAGAAAAAUGGAAAAAGAGAAACCAAAGUAUUAAACAUACUUCUCUUCAUUAAGGUCAAUGUAUGGAAAGCAUUAUUCGGCAAGGAAGCAGACAAACUGGAACAAGCCAACGAUGAUGACAAAACAUACUACAUCAUUGAAAAGGAGCCUUUGAUCAAUGCCUACAUUUCAGUACCUAAAGAGAAUAGCACUUUAAACUGUGCAGCCUUCACCGGUGGCAUCGUGGAGGCGAUUUUAACCCACAGUGGCUUCCCAGCCAAAGUCACAGUGCACUGGCAUAAGGGAACCACACUGAUGAUCAAGUUUGAUGAGGCAGUCAUUGCUCGUGAUAAAACUCUAGAUGGCAGAUAGCAAAUUGCUUAGUACAUCUAGUCUUAAGUUUUAGCAUUAGGUGUGGAGUCUCAACAUUGUUUUUUGUCAUUUAUUUUUAUAGCUUUGCUUACAAAUUCACUGUAUGUAGCACAGACCUAAAAAAGUCUGUCUCUGGUUGUCCUUUUUUUUUUUUUUUUUUGUGAUGUUACAGAAUAUUGAUGAGGAAAAGCCACAUCAACACAGUCACCUCACCAGUCCAUUCCAGUGUAAAAUGACCUCUUUACUGAUACACUAUACUGAUAUAAAAUUAACUAUGAACUGUAUGUAGUUUUUGGAUGUUAGUUUUACACAUGUACCAUAGUAAGACAUGAAUAAAUUGUAAUAAAUCAUAAAUUAAAUCAGUAUUGAAUUUAGGCUUGGAUCUCAAUGGAGUAUCACUGCACUGAUAUUGGGUGAAAAAAAAAAAAAUCACACAUUUAACAGUUAGUUGCUACAGUCUCAAAAUUGUGCAGAUCGAUGUACAUAUGUCAAGAUAAAAAAAUAGUGCUAGCAGAGAUUCAUAUGCUUAUAUACAGUAGCAAAGAAGUUUUAUUUACAGCAUAAAUUAUUACAUUUGGACUGUUUGAUUUUUGUAUUAUAGGGAAUUAUUCUAUGUAUGUUUCAUUUGUUCAUAUGUUGUUUUAUUUUUCAUCAGACAAUAUAAUAAAGUCUUUGUAACCUGCAAGGAGAGAUGAGGAAAUGUUGUCCCUUACAAGAAUGUACCAUGAUAAUAUUUUCUGUCUAAAUGCUGUACAGUUGUUACGAUAGCUAUUGUUAAUAUUUUAAUGUAAUGUAACAUUUUGCCUGCUUCAUUUACUUUCUUUUUCUUAAUGACAGUUGCAGCAGCUUAAUUCCACUAACAAUAACUGAAGCAAAUGAUAGGAACAUUUGUCAGGAACUGGAUUUAGCAGUUUUGUGUAAUAAAGUGUAAUCAUGACCUUUAGUCUCGAUUUCCUGUAAUUGCUGUCAUGUUGUAAAAAAUUAGCAGUACGUCA